AUGGCUACCGUCAACAUCCGCCGCGAUGUCACCGACCCCUUCUACCGCUACAAGAUGGAGCGCAUCCAGUCCAAGAUUGAAGGCAAGGGCAACGGCAUCAAGACCGUCAUUGUCAACCUGAGCAGCGUCGCUCAGUCCCUCGCCCGCCCGCCCGCUCACGUCAUCAAGUACUUUGGCUUCGAGCUGGGCGCCCAGACCAACACGAGCCCCAACGACGACCGUUGGAUCAUCAACGGCGCCCACGACGCCAGCAAGCUCCAGGACUACCUCGACGGUUUCAUCUCCAAGUUCGUCCUCUGCAAGAAGUGCAAGAACCCCGAGACCGACGUGCACAUCAAAGAUGGCAACAUCACGCUCGACUGCAAGGCUUGCGGAAAGAUUUCCGACGUAGACCCCCGCCUCAAGCUCAGCUCCUUCAUCCUGAAGAACGAACCCAAGAAGGGCAAGAAGGACAAGUCCAGCAAGAAGGCUGAGCGCCGUGCCCGCAAGGAGGCUGAAGCCCGCGGCGAGGCUACCUCCCCCGACGGCGGCAGUCCCGGUGACAGCGCUGAGGAGAACGGUGACGAUGGUGACAUGGCACUCGAGGCCGGCAGCGACGACGAGCUGACCCGCCAGAUCAACGAGGGCGCCAAGGAGAUUGACGAGGAGGAUGCCAAGGAAGUUGAGUGGUCCAUCGACACCUCGGAGGCCGCCAUCAGGGCUCGUGCCCAGGACCUUCCCGACGACCUCAAGCGUGCCCUUGUCAUUGAGGAUGACGACGAGGGCGGCUCCAGCUACGACACUUUCGGCAAGUGGAUCAUCGACACUGGCGCGGAGAAGGGCGGUGUUGAGAAGCUUGACAACGUCGACAUCUACGUCAAGGCCAAAGAGCUCGGCAUCGAAACCAAGCACCGCACACUUACCGUCAUUCCCCAGACCCUCUUCACCGAGAAGAUCGUCAAGCAGAUGGAUGGCCGUGCUCCCAUGCUCAAGAAGAUGAUCACCUCGGACAAGCAUGAGAAGGCUUUCCUUGGUGGCAUUGAGCGCUUUGUCGGCAACGACAAGCCCGAGCUCAUCCCUCAGGUCUCGGCCAUCCUGUUGAAGGUGUACGAGAACGACCUCGUCUCGGAAGACCAGCUCAAGGGUUGGUGCUCCAAGGCCAGCAAAAAGUAUGUCGACCUCAAGGUCAGCAAGUCUGUCCGCAAGUCGGCCGAGCAGUUCAAGGAGUGGCUUGAGAAUGCGGACAGCGACGACGAGGACUCCGAAUAG